AUGGGAAACUUCUACUCCGCAGGCUAUGACCCUCUCUUUUACGGCCACCAUGCAAACGUAGACCGCAUGUGGAAAAUCUGGAAAGGUAUGAACAAGAGGACACACCUUGACCCAACCUCCGCCGACUGGCUAAAUGCUUCAUACGUGUUUUAUGAUGAGAAUAGAGAGCUUGUACGUGUCUACAACCGUGACUGUGUAGACACUAGAAAGAUGGGGUAUGAUUAUGUAAGAUCCGACAUCCCAUGGAUGCGAAAUCGACCUAAUCCACAUCCCAAGAAGGGAAAAGAUGGAGAAAAGCCUGCAAAAACCAAGAUGACAGUGAAUGAUCUCAAUUUCCCAGUGAGGUUAAACCAGACAUUGGAGGUUCGAGUGAAUAGACCUGACAAAAAUAGCGUGAAAGGGACUGAGAAGUUGGCUAUUGAAGGCAUAAAAUAUGAUUGCGAGCGCUUUGUCAAGUUCGAUGUCAUUAUGAACGACCCUAAUAAUGGAGUCGAAGUCACCCCAACGGACAUUGAGUUUCUUGGUAGUUUCUCAGAGUUGCCCCAUGGCAUGGUCGCUGAGAGAAGAAUGGAUGAGACUGGUAGUGUAUUAUUUCCGCUCAAACAGCGCUUGGAAGUGCUACAAGCUCAAAAUGAUGAUUUUAUUAUUGUGAAAAUUGUGCCGAGAGCAGGGUGCCAGGAUGUAACUAUUUCGGAGAUCAAGAUUGUGCUGGAUUCGGUCCAGGAUGUACCUAUUUCGGAGGAAGUUGUGCUGGAGCCAGUCGACCCUAGCUUUGAGUGA